AUUCCUCGUGCCGUCUCCGAGACGCGACAACGUAUACCUUUUAGCUGCAGCUAGCGGGCCAGCCCUCCCUUCCCCUCAUACGCUACUAACGUUGAGCCGUCAAGUGACGAUUUGCUUUUCUCUCGACCUUUAACCUGUUUGCGUUACUUAUCUACCGGCGAGUGUUUUUCUCUUUCAGUGCGACAUGCCGGUCGUGUCAUGUCGCAUUGAAUAGUCAAGUCGACGUAAACGCCACCGCCAACUGGUUGUCUACUUCUGUGUCUUGCUUUUGUUCGGCGCGGCAUGUUAGUCGUGUGAAGUUGUAUCGAGUAGUCAACUCGUCGUAGAAACUGGUGUUUGUUGUGCAUCUACUUGUGCGUGUGUGUGUUUUUUUUUCGGUGCGACAUGCCAGUCUCGAUAAGUCGUAUCGAAUAGUGAAACCGUCAUAGACACUCGGUGCCCACAGCGUCGACGACAAUGGUGUCACCGGCCGAGGCUGUAUCUCGUCUCAUCCCGAGCCUCCUGCUGGGAACUGUAAGAACGGCACUGGACUUCCCCUCCGAGUUGGCAAACUUCUACACCGGAAACGAUCCGGACCAAUGCACCGGAAUCGAACAACUGAUUCGAAGCAAGGGAUACCCUUUCGAGCGCCACAAUGCGAUCACGAGUGACGGUUACAUCAUCGAGAUGCACCGGAUACCCCACGGCAGGGAAGAUUGCAAAGAACCGUGCCACAGACAACCCAUCUUUCUCAUGAGCGGCCUGCUCGGAGACUCGUCAAAUUUCGUGCUGGACUUCCCGAAGCAAUCAAUCGGUUACGUGUUGGCUGACAACAAGUACGACGUAUGGAUGGGAAACGUACGCGGUAACACGUACGGCAAGCGUCACAGGAAGUACAACAAGCGCUCGAAAAGAUUCUGGAAUUUUUCGUUCCACGAACAUGCAAAAUACGACCUCCCAGCCCAGAUUGAAUACAUCCUAGAGAAGACUGGCCGAAAGGAUCUGCUGUAUUUGGGAAUUUCUCAGGGCACGCUACUGUUCUUCACCAUGAUGUCCGAGAGGCCGCAGUACAACGAAAAAGUAAAGGUGUUCGCAGGGCUGGCUCCCUUCAACAAGGUGUCCCACAUGAACAUCGACUCCCUAGCAAUGCUGAUGCCUUUCGCUGAGAAAACGUUGCGCAUGGCGUACACCCUUGGAACGUACGAAAUCAUGCCCCAGGGUUCCUUGCUGCCACUGGCUCGAAGGUUCUGCGCCUUGCCAACGAGAGCCAUAUGUUCCUUACUCGGAGAUGAGUUUGGCAACCUCGGCAGCAAGUACAUGAACAUGUCACGUGUUCCUGUUUACCUAUGCCAUGUGCCCGCGGGGAGUUCACUAAAGAACAUCGUGCACUAUUCCCAGCUUGUGAAGUCAAAGAAACCGACCAAGUUUGACUACGGUCCGGUUGAUAACAAGAUCUAUUAUGGCCAGGAGGAACCUCCAGAAUACAAGAUAAGCAACGUGAUGACCGACGUGGGACUCUUCUGGAGUCGCGGUGAUCAGAUCAUAACACCUGCCAAUGUCCGCGAGCUCAUUAAGGACCUGGCACCACGGGUCAAGAAGAACUAUUUCAUCGAUGACCCCUACUACACACACGUACACUUUGUCAUGGCGCUGAACAACCCGGCAAAACUGUACAAAGAUUUGCUCCAGUUUCUGGAUGAAUACGCUACGUCGUCGUAGGACGGCGGCUGAUUAUAGGUUCUAUGCACAAUGCCAUACGCCAUAAGCCGUCUGUACAGUGCCCAUACGGCAAGAACAGAAUUCUGCCGCUAUUACCACAAGAUUGGAGCAUUGAAAAUUCGGACGCAGUGUUCUUCGAGCGUUCUGAUUACCAUUUGGGGCUCAAGGUACUUCCCUCCAAUGAAAAAAAAAUUGUAGCAUCUAAUGCCAAGGGUGGAUGCAUUGCACAUAGAAAAAUGACAGACCCAUGUGAUAGCGUCAUAAGGUUUGAAGCAAUGCACAUUCAUAGGCAGUGAUCCUGGCGAGCUCCAGUGCUCGUCUGUCCCUUGCAGGCAAAGGAAAGCGACAAAGUCAGUUUUAUUAGGAGUAAAGACCCGACAAUCUUGUGCCUUCUAUUGAACGUGCUUCAUGUGCACCUGUUACUUUUAUACACGCAAGUUAAUUAUAUUUUGUAUAUUUUCCUCUGUUA